AUGGCAUCUUCAAGAGUUCUGAUUUUGUUGGCACUUUGUGUCCUUCCUGCUCUACUUGUUGAGGCUGUUCCACUCAAGGAACCUUACCAAGUCACCGGUCGUGUCUACUGUGAUACAUGCCAUCUCGGUUGCGAACACAAGCUUGUCACUUACAUCGCAGGUGCUAAAGUGAAGAUUGAAUGCAAAGAUGAUAAAAACUACGUCAUCAAGUACAGUCGAGAGGGAGUUACAGACAAAGACGGGAAAUUUACCAUUGAAGUAAGAGAAGACCACCAAGAGGAUUUCUGUUUUGCAGUUCUCGUGAGCAGCCCUCAGACUGACUGUAAGAAAAUCGUCCCAGGACUUGACAGAGUGACCGCCAUCGUUACCAACAACAACGGGUUACAAGAAACAUCACCUAAACGUAACGUUAACAGUUUAGGGUUCAAAAAGGAUGGUAAAGUCGCUGGUUGUGCCGGUCUUGUUCAGCUCUACAACUCGGAUGUCUAGAGCUUGCAUCACCUAGGUAUACCCAUUUUUAUUAGUACACUAUUUAAUUGGUAGUUCUCCGGACGAAGAAACUCUUCUGGAUGAACAUCCUUGAAUGAAUUUGGCUUUGUUAGUUGGUAAGUAGUACAACGAAAGAUCGUGUUCUUGUUUAUGUUUUUGUCAAUGUCUACUAUAGAUUAUGUAAUGGGAAUAACAAGAUCAUCAAGAGGCUCACAUUAUGUGUGACAAAAUCCUACAGCGCCGCAG